AGCCUAUGUGCCCAAAUUUAGUCAUUAGUAGCCAAUUAAAGACUUGUUCUCUGCACUUAUAUUCUUGUUAAGUUGAAUAGCUGGGGGUUGUGAGGGAUUUGAAAAUGGUGAGCAAUAGGAUUGUAGCCAAAUUUUGGUUGAAAUAUACUCUCUUGCCCUUUGCAAUGAUUAUUCUACUGCAUAAAUGCCAAUCGAUAACAGUUGACAAGGGAGACACCCUUGCAGUGGGGACUGCCCUCGCUGGAAAUCGGACUCUGGUCUCAAAGAAUGGCACGUUUGCAUUAGGAUUUUUCAAUGCCAACGGUACCAAUAAUUGGUAUGUUGGCAUCUGGUAUGCCAAAGUAUCCGAUAAGACUAUUGUUUGGGUGGCUAACAGGGAAAAUCCUGUGAGAAACAUGCCCGGCGUUUUAAAUUUAUCGAGAGAUGGUUAUCUCCAACUGUUUGAUUUACGAGGACGAUCAAUUUGGUCAUCCAACAACAGCUUGAAGGCGUCCCAGGCAUCGCUGUUGGAAUCGGGUAAUUUGGUUAUGUUGGGAGCACGGGCGGGCAAUUCUUCUGAAAUUGUUUGGGAAAGUUUCCAACAUCCGGAAGAUACAUGGCUGCCAGGGAUGAAGAUGUGGAAAGGAAUGAAACUCUCUUCUUGGAAGAGUUCUAGAGAUCCGGCACCUGGACCUUUCUCUUUCCAAAUGGAUCCUUCACCAGGAAAAACCCAAUACUUGCUGCUCUCUCACAACACUGUUCCGUACUGGUCUACCGGAGAGUGGAAUGGACAGUAUUUCGCAAAUAUGCCAGGAUUUGCCAGGGCGGAGUCUGGUGUUAAGGUGGAGUUUGUAACGCUUUCACCAUCAAGAAUGUACUGCACAUACACAGCCACUAGUAUGAUAAUGGAACGCGCAAUUUUGGAAAAGAAUGGUGAAUUGCGGGCGUACUUAAUGAUUCCAAAUAGUGAGUGGAUAAUAAAUCGAUUCACACCAAGGGAUCAAUGCAAUGUUUACGGUGUGUGUGGGGCUAAUGCAGCUUGCAAUGGCUAUGCAACGAUGAGUGCCUCUGCCAAUACCAGUGAUACGUGCACAUGUUUGCAGGGGUUCAGGCCCAAAAACAGCCGUGCUUGGGAUUCUGAGGAGUGGUGGUCAAGUGGUUGCGUUCGCCGAAGUCCAUUGCAAUGCUCUGUCACAAAUUCUACCGACGGUUUUUUGCAAGUAAAGGACAUGCAUUUAGCCAACGAUGAAGCAGUUCCAUAUAGCAAGGAGCAAACAUUGCAUGGAUGCCAACUUGCAUGCCUCAACAACUGCUCUUGCAUGGCCUUUUGGCUCAGUACCUCCUCUCCUCCUCUGUGUCAAUUGUGGUUUGGCGAUUUGAUGAAUGUGCGCAAUUCAUCCGGUGGUCAGUCGUUCUAUCUCCGCUUGGCUGCUUCUGAGUUACGAGAUUCGGCAUCCAAGCAAAGAAAUAGAUCCUCUCAUGGCCUUAUUAGAAUUUUGCUUCCUGGGGUCGCCGCGGGUCUUGUUCUUUUUCUGGCCGUGUUUAUUAUGUGGAAACGUGGAAGAAUGGUUAAGGAGACCACCGAGAUCGAGGAUGACGUCCCCACGUCGCUCAGAACAUUCACUUUCCGAAAGUUGCAGGUUGCAACUAAGAAUUUCAGGCAUAAGCUGGGAAGUGGAUCAUUCGGCUCUGUGUUCAAAGGAACUCUACCAGACAACACUCUGGUCGCUGUCAAAAAAUUAGGGGGUUUAGCGCAAGCAGAAAAGCAAUUCCGUGCAGAAAUAAGCACCAUUGGUAAAAUACAGCACGUGAAUCUGGUUAGGCUAUGGGGAUUUUGUGCAGAGGGAUCUCGAAGGCUACUCGUUUAUGAGUACAUGCCCAACGGCUCUCUUGCCUCCUUCCUGUUCCGCAGUAAAGACGGAGAAGUGCAAGGGAAGUUAUUGAACUGGAAAACCAGAUAUCAGAUAGCGUUGGGCACUGCACGAGGAUUAGCUUAUCUCCACGAGGAAUGCGCAGAUCGUAUCAUUCACUGUGAUAUUAAGCCAGAAAACAUUCUCCUUGAUGCCCAGUUUUGUCCCAAAGUAGCUGAUUUUGGGUUGGCAAAGCUGGUGGGUAGAGAUUUCAGCCGCGUACUGACCACCACGAGAGGCACGAGAGGUUAUUUGGCUCCAGAGUGGAUCUCCGGUCUUCCCAUCACUCCCAAGGCGGACGUAUAUAGUUUUGGCAUGACACUGCUGGAGAUAAUAUCAGGGCGAAGGAAUGUCGACCUGAAUGCGCAAGACUCCAACUGCUACUACUUCCCUCCCUGGGCCGCCGAUCAAAUCCAUAGCGGAAACGUGAUGGCUAUUGUCGAUGAGAGGAUAUCGGGAGAGGCAGAUGGUGAAGAGGUGAGAAGGGCUGUUACAGCUAGCAUAUUGUGAAUUCAAAGAGACGAGAAUGUUAGGCCAAGCAUGGCUCAAGUCUUGCAAAUACUCCAAGGGACAAUGGACACCAACGCACCACAAUUUCAGACGUCUCUCGAUAGUCUUCGAGAUCAUCAUGAAGGCGAGGGAGAUAGCGAUCUGAUUUAACGUUUAGUUAUUUUCUACAAAGUUUUUCUCUCUCUAUAUUGGGUAAUGGGUUGUCAUAGUAAUUGUACCUAAAACUAGAAAUUAGUCACGUUAAUGGCAUCUAUCUAGAUUGAUUAGCAGAAAUGAGUAAUGGAACUUAUUUCAAUAUCUCUAU